CCAUUUUUGACUAAGUUCAUGAAAUUCAGUCCACCUCUAUCCUCAUACUAGAAUUUGCAGCUAACAAGAAUUUCUGUGCGCUCCUUCUGUUUAACAGUGAUUUUCAUCUCCCAGGAAGCAUGGCCGACGGAAUUCCUGAGGUGAUUGUGGUCGGGUCUUGUAUGACCGACCUUGUCAGUGUAACCCCACGUUUGCCGAUAGCUGGAGAGACUAUCCAUGGAAGCAAGUUUUUUAUUGGUUUUGGGGGCAAGGGAGCAAACCAGUGUAUCCAGGCCGCGCGACUCGGAGCAAAGUCAGCCAUGGUUUGUAAGGUUGGGAAGGAUUCGUUUGGAGAUAAUUACAUUGAAAACUUCAAGAGAAACAGAGUUUCCACAGAUUUUGUGGGCCAGACAGCAGAUGCAGCAACUGGAGCAGCUUCCAUCAUUGUCAACACUGAAGGUCAGAAUGCUAUCGUGAUUGUUGCUGGUGCCAAUUUGCUUCUGGAUUCAGAAGACCUGAAGAAAGCAUCUGCUCUUAUUAGUAAGGCCAGAGUAAUGGUGUGUCAGCUGGAAGUAACUCCCGCGGUGUCUCUGGAAGCCUUGAAAAUGGCCCACAGCAGUGGAGUUAAGACAAUUUUCAACCCGGCUCCAGCCAUUGCUGAUUUAGAUGGACAAUUUUACACUUACUCCGACAUCUUCUGCUGCAACGAAAGUGAGGCAGAAAUCCUGACUGGCAUUCCAGUUAACAGCCCGACUGCUGCGGGUAAUGCAGGGUCAGUGCUGCUGAACAGAGGGUGUAAGCUUGUCAUUGUCACACUAGGAGCAGAAGGCUGUGUGAUCCUGUCACAGGAAGACCGCACCCCCAAACACAUACCUGCAAAGAAAGUCACAGCGGUGGAUACCACGGGUGCUGGGGACAGUUUUGUUGGCGCUCUGGCCUUCUACACUGCACAUUAUCCACAUCUCAGCAUAGAAGAAAUGGUGAAGAGGUCUAACCACAUUGCCUCAGUGAGCGUGCAAGCUGCAGGAACACAGAGUUCCUAUCCACGUAGGAGUGACCUUCCCCAGGAAAUGUUCUAGCACUUAUCGAUCAAAGUAUCUGAGAUCAAGGUGGCUCAAUAAACACAAAUGAUUAGAUAUUGAAAAACAUAAUGUUUGGCCUCACUAAACCAUUCUGAAGAUUCUUAUCUUCUUGCUUUUGCCAUGGUCUUUUUGUUCAAAAUUAUAAUAAAUGAAUCCAUGAUUUCAUAGUUAUUUACAAAUAUCCAAAUGAUGGUAUUCCCAUUGUGUCUCAAAUCCUAAUUUCUCUCUGGAAGACAUGGGAAUUCCCAUACUUUGUAUGGAGUGCCAUGAACCCACAUCUAGUCUGACCUCCUAACCUUAUAACCCCACCUUCUGCCAUCCAAUAACUCACACUCCUCACCAAGAAGCUCCACCUAGUUAACUCAUUUUGUGUGUGUGUGUGUAUACAUAUAUAUAUAUAUAUAUUCCACUUCCAACAACCUGCACACACACGUCAUGCUAAGGGCUCCUUUUCCAAACUAUUCUAGGUGCGUGUACAGUCUGCCUAUAAUAAUGUCUUGUAUAUUUAUUUCAAUAAAAUAAAAGCGGGUGCUAUAAUGUAUAUUACAUUUUAUAGGUAAACUAAACAUCAAGGCUGAGGUAGCAGAUUUGAAAAGGUAUUUGUGUGUUUAUAUACGCACUCACACACCUGUUUAAAAUAAUAUAACAAAGUCUAGUUCCUGUGCAGAAGUCCCCAGACUGAAGUCUGAGACUUAGAUGUGCACUGAGCAAAUGAACUUGCCAUGAGAAAUAACAGUAAACAUUUGUAUAAUUAUGUAAGACAAAAAGGUAUAUCAUUAAAAAUGAAUGUAAUGUUUUUUUUAUUUUUCUUGUUUAAAGGGAUAUGAAAGUCAAAAUUCAACUUGCAGGAUUCAGAUAGAUCGUGUUAUUUUAAGACACCUUUAAAUUCACUUCCAUUUUCAAAUGUGCUUCGUUCUCUUGGUAUCCCUUGUUAAAAAAGAAUACGCACAUAUACAUAGUGGGAGCUAGUUGCUGAUUGGUGCCUGCACACAUUUAUCUCUUGUGAUUGGCUACCUAGAUGUGUUCAGCUAGCUGCCAGUAGUACAAUGCUGUUCCCUCAGCAAAGGAAAACAAGAGAAUGAAGCAAAUUUGAUAAUAGAACUAAAUUUGAAAAUUGUUUAGAACUUUAUGUUCUAUCCAAAUCAUGAAAUAUUUUUUUUGUGUUUCCUGUCCCUUUAAAGAUAUUGCAAGUUGCAUUUGUCAUUUAUUGAGACUUGCAAAUAUAAGUGCUGAAAAGCAGUGCAUGGAAUGGUGGCUGGUACUUAUGUAAUUUUAUCUAAAUAGAUCUCACAUUUCAAGUUUAUUUUUAACAAAUAAAUGGAUAUUUUACUGAA